AUGGUGCAAGCAACUCCCUUCCUCGUCGUGCUCUUCCUGGCACUGGGGGCUCCCGGCCUGGCUGUAAAACAGUGCAUCCUGACAGGGCAAUGGAAGAAUGACCUGGGCUCCAACAUGACCAUCAAGAUCCUGAAUGUAAAUGGUGACUUCUCUGGCAUCUACCACACGGCUGUGGCUGCCACAACAAAAAAGAUCUUACCAUCACCACUGCAGGGGUCCCAGCAUCUCCCAAAUCAGCAGAACCAGUCCACCUUUGGCUUCACCGUUCAUUGGAGCUUUACAAACACCACCACUGUUUUCACGGGCCAGUGCUUUGUGGAUGAUCAUGGAAAGGAGAUUUUGAAGACCAUGUGGCUGCUGAGAUCAUAUGUGGACAAAAUCGAAGAUGACUGGAAAGCCACCUUGGUUGGUUACAACGUAUUUGAGCGCCUGGAAUCGCGUGUGGAGUGAGGAUGUUAGCAUUGGAGUUCCCAGAGAAGAGGCAGUGCCAGGCUUGUAGCCCUUACUCCUGCCUCAGCCCCUGCCUCUCCCAAUAAAGCUUUGCUGCAAA